CAGCCUCAUUUAAUCCUCUCUAAAAACCCCACAUUGGAGAUAAUAGUGCUGUUGUAACAGCUGUUGAAACUGAGAAUCAGAGAGAUGAAGUAAACAUGUGGCUGAUCAUCACUGAUGUGGUAAAACCUGGGACAGAAAUGAGGCAAGAUCAGCGGCAUGUGCGUUUUCCUGUGAUGAGCAGUGAAAGCAGGCGCAGACGGCUCUUUCCUCAGACUCGGACAUGAAGGACCCAGUAGAACAUGCGAAUGGAAAGUCACAAACCUCUUGGUGUCUGAAAGGAUCCUUGGGGCCUCAUGCACAUCUGCGGAAACUGGAUGGAGAGAUUUGGGGAAGCAUGGACUCUUUAGCCGGCUUAGUUCUCUAUGGAGUCAGCUUGCUCCUUUCUGGAACAGUGGACAGUGCCAUGGACCUGAUCUUGAUCAAUUCCCUACCUCUCGUGUCUGAUGCAGAAACAUCCCUCACCUGCAUUGCCACUGGAUGGCGCCCCCAUGAGCCCAUCACCAUAGGAAGGGACUUUGAAGCCUUAAUGAACCAGCACCAGGAUCCACUGGAAGUUACUCAAGAUGUGACCAGGGAGUGGGCUAAAAAAGUCGUUUGGAAGAGAGAAAAGGCUAGCAAAAUCAAUGGCGCAUAUUUCUGUGAAGGACGAGUUCGAGGAGAAGCAAUAAGGAUACGGACCAUGAAGAUGCGCCAGCAAGCUUCCUUCCUACCAGCUACUUUAACCAUGACUGUGGACAGGGGAGAUAAUGUGAACAUAUCUUUCAAAAAGGUGUUGAUUAAAGAAGAAGAUGCAGUGAUUUACAAAAAUGGUUCCUUCAUCCACUCAGUGCCCCGGCACGAAGUACCUGAUAUUUUGGAAGUGCAUCUGCCUCAUGCUCAGCCCCAGGAUGCUGGAGUGUACUCAGCCAGGUACAUAGGAGGAAACCUCUUCACCUCGGCCUUCACCAGGCUGAUAGUCCGGAGAUGUGAAGCUCAGAAGUGGGGACCUGAAUGUAACCGCAUCUGCACUGUUUGUAUGAACAACGGUAUCUGCCAUGAAGAUACAGGAGAGUGCAUUUGCCCACCUGGGUUUAUGGGGAGAACAUGUGAGAAGGCUUGCGAACUGCACACAUUUGGCAGAACUUGUAAAGAAAGGUGUAGUGGACCAGAGGGAUGCAAGUCGUACGUGUUCUGUCUCCCAGACCCCUAUGGGUGUUCCUGUGCCACAGGGUGGCAGGGUCUGCAGUGCAAUGAAGCAUGCCAGCCUGGUUAUUACGGGCCAGACUGUAAGCUUACUUGCAGGUGCAGCCAUGGGGAGACGUGUGAUCGGUUCCAAGGAUGUCUCUGCUCUCCAGAACGUCAAGGGCUCCAGUGUGAGAAAGAAGGUAUGCCAAGGAUGGUCCCAAAGAUAGAGGAUUUGCCAGAGCACAUAGAAGUAAACAGUGGUAAAUUUAAUCCCAUCUGCAAAGCGUCUGGCUGGCCACUACCUGCUAAUGAAGAAAUGACUCUCGUGAAGCCGGAUGGGACAGUGCUCCAUCCAAAAGACUUCAACCAUACGGGUCAUCUGUCCGUGGCCACAUUCACCAUCCACCGGGUCCUCCCUCCUGACUCAGGGGUCUGGGUCUGCAGCGUGAACACAGUGGCUGGGAUGGUGGAAAAGCCUUUCAACAUUUCUGUUAAAGUUCUUCCAAAGCCCCUGAAUGCCCCAAACGUGAUUGAUACUGGACAUAAUUUUGCUGUCAUCAACAUCAGCUCUGAGCCUUACUUCGGGGAUGGACCAAUCAAAUCCAAGAAGCUCCUAUACAAACCCGUUAAUCAUUAUGAGGCUUGGCGGCCUAUUCAAGUGACAAAUGAGAUUGUUACACUCAACUAUUUGGAACCUCGCACAGAAUACGAGCUCUGCGUGCAGCUGGUCCGUCGUGGAGAGGGCGGGGAAGGGCAUCCGGGACCCGUGAGACGCUUCACCACUGCUUCUAUCGGUCUCCCUCCUCCAAGAGGUCUCAUCCUCCUACCAAAAAGUCAGACCACUCUAAAUUUGACCUGGCAACCAAUAUUUCCAAGCUCAGAAGAUGAUUUUUAUGUUGAAGUGGAGAGGAGAUCUGUGCAAAUGAAUAGUGACCAGCAGAACAUCAAAGUGCCAGGCAACUUGACCUCAGUGCUACUUAACAAUUUACACCCUAGGGAGCAAUACAUAGUCCGAGCCAGAGUCAACACCAAGGCCCAGGGGGAAUGGAGUGAAGAUCUCAUCGCUUGGACUCUGAGCGACAUUCUCCCUCCUCAACCAGAAAACAUCAAGAUUUCUAACAUCACAGACUCCUCAGCCAUGAUUUCUUGGACAAUCUUGGAUGGCUAUUCUAUUUCUUCUAUUAUCAUUCGUUACAAGGUUCAGGGCAAGAAUGAAGACCAGCACAUUGAUGUGAAGAUCAAGAAUGCCACCAUUACCCAAUAUCACCUCAAGGGCCUAGAGCCUGAAACAGCUUACCAGGUGGACAUUUUUGCAGAGAACAACAUAGGGUCAAGCAACCCAACCUUUUCUCACGAACUGAUGACUCUUUCUAAAUCUCAAGCACCAGCGGACCUUGGAGGCGGGAAGAUGCUGCUUAUAGCCAUUCUUGGCUCAGCAGGAAUGACCUGCCUGACGGUGCUGUUGGCCUUCCUGAUCAUGUUGCAGUUGAAGAGGGCAAAUGUCCAAAGGAGAAUGGCACAGGCUUUCCAAAACGUGAGGGAAGAACCAGCUGUGCAGUUCAACUCAGGAACUCUGGCCCUGAACAGGAAGGCCAAAAACAACCCAGAUCCUACAAUUUAUCCAGUG